AUGAAAAAAAAAUACUCCGCCAGAAAGAAAUCAUUACCCAACACACACCUACUCAAUUACUUCAAAUGUGUACCUGAUCUAUACUUGCAACAACAGUCAUAUCCCGACCCCACUCGAUUACCAAACGAGUCGCCAAUUUAUCACUCGACUAAAUCCCCUACUGGAUUGCGCCUUGGCUUGGAUAUCAGAUAUGAUCAUUACAAGUUACGCCGUGGCAACUGCAAUGACAUUUGGGAGAUUGCCAUGAAGAGUAGAGGAACAAAAGGUAUUUACAUUGGUGAUGAUGCGCUUGUCGAAUUUGCAACCAUCAAUUAUUAUAUUUCCCAAUGGCAAGAUGCAAAAUGGGAGGCGAUAAACAUACCGGUGGAACACAAAUUGGAUAGGCAUUGGAUUAUCAUUGUGUUGAUUGGUCUUGUUAAACAAAUUCCAUUGCAAUUUUACGACAAACAGGAGCCUAUAUCAGGUACAUCAAUCUCAGAAAUCAAGCUUCCCCCAAAACCACAAAAAUCAUCCGAGUUCGCUAAUGUAUACACGCCCGACAGGGAUAAAGGGGUCGCUAUCAGAUUCAACAAACUGGUUAAACUAGGAAUUGAUGUGGCUGUCGACUUUGCUCAAUUGAAUUUGAUUAGUGCUGUUGCAUCAUCAAUAAAGCAUUUACCAGUGGACUACACGGGAAAAUCAAUCACUAUUGUGUCAUCACCAGAUUUCGAAGGUGUGGCAAACACGAUUGUCAAAUUACUAAUGGCAUUUGUUUGUCAAAUGGAAGUUCACAUUGCCGAUUCACCACCUAGCUUUGACACCGAUAUAACAACCCUCCCUGAAUCACAAGCAUCAUUAACUGACUUGUCAUGGCGACAAAAUAUCAAAUUAUAUUUCCUUGGAUUAGGAAUCUUUGAAUCGGAUAAAUUAGUCUAUGUGUACUCGCCCAUUUCGCAUCCGCAAUUGACUUCUUCGCAACUAAAUCAUUUACGCAUUGUCACAAAUUCACACGUAAUUCGUGAAUAUUGCACAUACAAUAUCCUCGGCCCCAUUUUGACCACUGACUAUUAUGAAUAUCGCACCUAUACUCGUCAGUUUGGCGUGAUGCCGCAAUCGCUCGAAAUGAAGGUGAAUAAUUUGAAUGCAAAUGGCAUAGGUAAUUUGUUGAUUAGAGGCUAUACUAUUGGCAAAUCGACAAAUUACUUGAAGGGAGAAGUAGCAAAAGAGCCAAACUCCAAUGGCGAAGGAGAUGGGUUUAUGCCGGUGAAUAUACGUGGUAAAUUUGGUGCUGAUGGAUGUUUAUAUAUGAUAUAA